GCCCAAAGUCUGGUAGUACUCUGUAGUGCCUUCGCCAUUUGGGGUGACAAGGCUGCAUUCCGGCUCCUGGUGCCGAUUGGCCGCGCUUAAAGUGACACAGAUGAGCGAGGUCCACCCUUCCAGGGUGGAAAGAGAUAAGACCCACCCCCACACCACCCCCGCGCACAAAAGAGGCCGUCAAUAAAUGAGAGCGCUUUCGUUACUUUUGUCGUGAUCGUAAGCCGACCACAAACUGUCCUGCGUCGGAGUGAACUGAUUGGAAAGGGGCCGGCGCUCCAGAAGGAUGACUGUAACGUGGCUUGUUCCGAGAACUCCAAGAAAUACCGUCAGGGUGGAGUGUCUAGUUUACAGAGACUAGUAGGAAAUGAACUGCGACCAGAUGUUUGGCCACUGGAGGGAGUUUGCACUUGUGCUGAAGUGACUAGGGGACGUGGCAGAGAUUCAAGACCGACGAGGUCUUGGGGAAUUGGAAGUUUGGAAGCGAAGCCUCUGGCGUAUACAAGGAGGGAUGGGAAAGAAUGGGACGGGGAGGAGUCCAGGGAGCUACCUGGGGAGUUGGGGCGAGGUUGCAUCUGGGAAUGACUCUGGGGAGGGCCGGAGAUGGGAGGGACGCCUAGGUGGUUCUCUGAACUAGCCUUUUUGCCACUGGCUGGCCACAGGGCGGAAGAGAAAAGUCCAGGACAAAGCCCUCUAGGAGACUGGGUCGGGAGGAGAAGCCCAGUGUGGGACGCCCAACAGCGAAGUCAAGAACAUUGCCCCACCUCGGGGACAAACUGAGGCUGGAGACCAGGACUUAAGGAUCAUUUGAGAUGUCGGAUUCCCUGGUGGUGUGUGAAGUGGACCCGGAGCUAAAGGAAAAGCUGAGGAAAUUCCGUUUCCGAAAAGAGACCAACAAUGCAGCCAUCAUAAUGAAAGUGGACAAAGACCGGCAGAUGGUGGUGCUGGAGGAAGAAUUCCAGAACAUUUCCCCAGAGGAACUUAGGUUGGAGUUACCAGAGAGACAGCCCAGGUUUGUGGUCUACAGCUACAAAUACUUGCAUGCCGAUGGCAGGGUGUCCUAUCCUCUGUGCUUCAUCUUUUCCAGCCCUGUGGGAUGCAAGCCUGAGCAACAGAUGAUGUAUGCAGGGAGUAAAAACAGGCUGGUGCAGACGGCGGAGCUUACAAAGGUGUUUGAAAUCCGCACCACAGAAGACCUCACUGAGGCCUGGCUUCAAGAAAAGUUAGCUUUCUUUCGUUGAUCAUUGAGCCAGGGAUUUGAAGUCCUUAUAUCUGAAGACCCAGACUCCUAGGAUAAUGAACAUUAAAGAUCUAAAUAAAGGUUAAAAAUUCA